UCCGCGGCCCCCGGCGCCGCAGUGGCCGCCGCCGCCGCUUGGUCGCCGUCGGUCUGGGGGAGGCGGGUUAUGGCGGCGGCGGCAGCGGGAGCUGUGAAUGAGUUCUCCGGCCGGACGACGGAAAAAGAAAGGCUCCGGCGGCGCGAGCCCGGCGCCCGCCAGGCCUCCGCCCCCCGCCGCGGUCCCCGCCCCUGCCGCCGGCCCGGCCCCUGCGCCCGGCUCGCCGCCUAAGCGGAACCGGUCUCCCUUCUCCUACCCGCUGGCCGUCGGCUUCGCCCUGCUGCGCCUGCUCGCCUGCCACCUGGGGCUCCUCUUCGCGUGGCUCUGCCAGCGCUGCUCCCGCGCCCUCAUGGCGGCCAAGAGGAGCUCCCGGACCGCGCCGGCGCCCGCGGAGCCCUCGCCCCCAGCCCCCGGGCCCGGCGGCGAGGCCGAGAGCGUCCGCGUCUUCCACAAGCAGGCCUUCGAGUGCAUCUCCGUUGCCCUGCGCAUCGAUGAGGAAGAGAAAGCAGGACAGAAGGAGCAAGCUGUAGAAUGGUACAAGAAAGGUAUCGAAGAACUAGAAAAAGGAAUCGCUGUUAUAGUUACAGGCCAAGGUGAACAGUGUGAAAGAGCUAGACGCCUUCAAGCCAAAAUGAUGACUAAUUUGGUUAUGGCCAAGGAUCGUUUACAACUUCUAGAGAAGCUGCAACCCGUUUUGCAAUUUUCCAAGUCACAAACGGACGUCUAUAAUGACAGUACUAACCUGACGUGCCGAAAUGGACAUCUCCAGUCAGAAAGUGGAGCAGUUCCAAAGAAGAAAGAUCCUGCAACACAUGCUAGUAAUUCAUUGCCUCGAUCAAAAACAGUCAUGAAAGGUGGACCCACGGGCCUCUCAGGCCACCACAGGGCGCCUAGUUGCAGCGGUUUAUCCACAGUUUCUGGAGGAAGACAGGGACCUGGGCCUGCAGGUGCCAUGCAUAAGGGUAAUCCAAAAGCAAACAGAACCAACAAACCUUCUACACCCACAAUGGCUGUUCGUAAAAAGAAAGACUUGAAAAAUUUCAGGAAUGUGGACAGCAACCUGGCAAACCUCAUAAUGAAUGAAAUUGUUGACAAUGGGACAGCUGUUAAAUUUGAUGAUAUAGCCGGUCAGGAAUUGGCAAAACAAGCACUGCAAGAAAUUGUUAUUCUUCCUUCUCUGCGGCCUGAGUUGUUCACAGGACUCAGAGCUCCUGCCAGAGGGCUGUUACUCUUCGGUCCACCUGGAAACGGAAAAACAAUGCUGGCAAAAGCAGUAGCUGCAGAAUCUAAUGCCACCUUUUUCAAUAUAAGUGCUGCAAGCUUAACUUCAAAAUACGUGGGAGAAGGAGAGAAAUUGGUGAGAGCUCUCUUUGCUGUGGCUCGAGAACUUCAACCAUCUAUAAUUUUCAUAGAUGAAGUCGAUAGUCUUUUGUGUGAAAGAAGAGAAGGAGAGCACGAUGCUAGUAGACGACUCAAAACUGAAUUUUUAAUAGAAUUUGAUGGUGUGCAAUCUGCUGGAGAUGACAGAGUACUUGUAAUGGGUGCAACUAAUAGGCCCCAAGAGCUUGAUGAAGCCGUUCUCAGGCGUUUCAUAAAACGGGUAUAUGUGUCUUUACCAAAUGAGGAGACAAGAUUGCUUCUCCUUAAAAACCUGUUAUGUAAACAAGGAAGUCCACUGACCCAAAAAGAACUUGCACAACUGGCUAGAAUGACUGAUGGGUACUCUGGAAGUGAUCUAACAGCUUUGGCAAAAGAUGCAGCCCUGGGCCCUAUCCGAGAACUGAAACCAGAGCAGGUGAAGAAUAUGUCUGCCAGUGAGAUGAGAAAUAUUCGACUAUCUGACUUCACAGAAUCCUUAAAAAAGAUAAAACGCAGUGUGAGUCCUCAAACCCUAGAAGCAUACAUACGCUGGAACAAGGACUUUGGAGACACCACUGUUUAAAGGAAUGCCUUUGUAAGCCCGCAGAACGUUAUACUUAACCAGAAACAUGAGCUUCAGAGAAGUUAUCAGCUGCAGGAACUCAGACUUCGUUUACAGGACUUUUUUUGUGCACCAAACUUGAAGAGGAACAAGAAGACAGACCUAAAUAAAAUAUGCAAUGUGAAUGGAGUUUUUGUUUAAGGCCUUCUUGCCUGGUGGUCAUGGUUUUCUCGGUAGGCAUUGUUAGUUAGAGCACAGCAAAAAUAGAUUCUGGUUCUUUAUUGAUAGUAAUCAUUAUGUAAAUAAUAAAUUGUAUAUUGUGUAAAAGUAUUCCAGAACAGUGACUGGAAGACAGGGAGAGCCGGCUGUUGUCUGUCUCCUGUUUUUCUUACACUCUCUUAUUUUCUGGUUUCCUUUCUGCUGUCACCUUAGCUCCCUGUGAUUGGAAUACCAAGUACUCGGAGUUCUUUCUGCUUUUCUUACCAACUCCAGUGUGCCAAAUGGAAACCUUUUCCCAUCUGCAGUAAGGAAGAGCUACACUAAGGCUUUUUUCAACCUUGACAUACAUACAGUAAACUGCUAAUACCGUCUUUCCACGUUUUGUUUUUCCUAUUUUAUUGCCUUGCUGCCAAACGGCUUCGUGUUGUAAUAGCCACAGAGAAAAUCUGGCACAACAAAGGUUUGAAGGUUUGAGUCACUCUGUCAUGUAACAUGUAGAUCAGUCCUUGUGUGCCCUGCAGUAUUUUUUUUCCAAUAUGUCAGAAAUCCUUUGUAGACUUAACUUAUUCAAGCUGAAAUCCAUUUUUUGUGUUGGAGUUAUGCUGGUAUUUUAGAGAGCCACUUUUAACUGCUAUAAUUUGCACCAUUGUGAGAGAAGAGACAUACUAGGAGGAACAACAUUUCUAGUUUAGUGCUUACUACUUUCUUAACAGCAUAAUCACUAAAUGCCAGUGGCACCACCAUCUUUUUACUAAUUACCGUCCCUUCCACGAAACUGAAAGUACCAAAUUUUUCUACACAGCAUAUAUUUUAUAGGUUUCCUGUGCUUACUUUUUAACUAAAAAGCUCUAGUCUGUUUGUCUACUUUUGGUUUCCAUAAAUGUAUAGUAAUUCUUUGUUGUUUGCAUAAGUAUGGCUGGACUUUUAUUAUAAAAAUGCAUUAUAGGAAGUAGAGGCUCAUGUGUGGCCUUUUAAGAAUUGUAUCAAGGCAAAUAGAUAUUUGCCCUUAGUUUACUGGUUAAAAGUUUGUUUACAGAAUUUUUCCUUGGUGCUUAAAUGAUGCUGUGUAAAAUAUCAUGGGUAGAAAGAAUAUUGUUGUGGUAGUAACACCAACUCUUCAUGUAAGAAAGAUGGCCCUCUCCCUAGAUAAAAAUUUUAUGAUAAAGACAUAAAUCCUCAAUUUUACUCUUGGUGUUGUUAAAGAUUUAUCUAAGCCUAGAAGAUGGAUUAUUUCUUAGAAGCAUAUAGCAUUUAUAGCUGUGCUUUUAAUCAUGACUUUAGACAUCCCUGAAUGAUAAAAAUGAAAAGUUUAGAUAAAUAGGAGAACAAAUUUAAACCAAAGCUGUUUGGUACUGGCUAACUGUCUGUUCUCAGACAUUAGAGCAUCAGUUAUGAAUACUGAAGAUUCAGGCCUGUGAUGAGAAGUGCAGCAUCUUCAGGAAAGCUCUGAAAGUUCAGUUUGUUUUCAUUUAGAAAGGGAUUGAUAGCAUCACCACUAUUUAUGUAUUGAGACAGGCUUCAGGAGGGCCUUUAAAGUCAUCCUUAGUUUAUGAUUCUUUGGGAAGGGUUUUAAGAGAUAACAAAAUUUUCAUGUGCUUAAAAGACAAAAAAGUCAAGUUAAUCUAAACUGCUGAGUCAAAGGUAUUACUGUGUGACUGUCAGUGUGUAUUAGCUCCUUUGUUCAUCAGGUAGGAGGUUCAGCUAAUGUCAGAGAACACUUUUUGUGAUGUCUUAGGACCCAGGUUUAUAACAGGGUUUCAUGGAGCCUAAGCUGGCCUAGAAUUCAAUGAGAAGCCUAGGAAUACCAUCAACUGAUCUUUCUCCUCUACUUCCCAAGUGCUGGGUUGCCUGUGUGCACCCCACACUGGGAGGGUUUGUUCUUUUUCAGAAAGGAGAGACAGUUUCCAAAUUAAUAUUAAUUUUGUUCAAUAUUAAUUUUAGAUUUUACAUUGAGCUCUAUUUACUGUUCAAGAUGAUGUUUAAAAAGGAAGGAUUUGAGCCCGGUAGUGGUGGUGCACACACAGGCAGGAAGAUCUGUGAGUUAGAGGCCAGCCUGGUCUACAGAGGGAGGACCAGGACAGGCUCCAAAGCCACAGAGAAACCCUGUCUGGAAACCCCCCCCCAACAAAGGAAGGAUUGGUGUGUUCUUCCUGCUAACGUGACAGAGUCCUUGUAUGCUCGGUGAACUUACUAAUCAGCUGACUGAGCCAAAGGAAAGCCUCAUACCAUCUUUCCAGAUCUGCUAGGGCUACAAAGCUUUUCUGAGACUAGAAGCCAAUUGAAUUUGUUUUUGUCCUUUUGUGCUUCAGGUGUAACAAGAUAAACAGAAUUUUAAGUUAAAUAUAUGUGGCAUUCUCUGUUUAUAAUGUAAACUGUUUGUGUGUCAUACAUACAAAAUUAACUUUUUUGUAGAUUGAAUUUAUACUUUGCUUUUCGGAUUCUAAAGGCAGAAGAUUUUCUUUUAAAUGUCUGUCUCAAUUUUAGUCUUAACUUUUUACUUCUAUAAAAGAAAUGACUUUAAGGGGACACACAGCUGCAUAAAGUGGGUUUUUAUCCUAAUUAAUUUUAUUGUAAAUAAAUGAUAAACUUUGUUUUGCCUUAA